CCAUGGCAUCAUCACCAAUAAGGUGCUUGCAUCUGCCGUCACAGUUGCACCACCAAACCCAGUUCGCUGGCAGUUCAAUUUGGAAACCCAGCAACACUAGGAGAACCCAAGUCCAUGUAGUCAACGCAGAGCAGCAAAAUGAAGCAGCAGCAGCCAUUUCAAGAAGAUCAUGCGCCAAUAUUCUCAUCACUUGGCUGCCGGCUGCUCUGACCCUCAUUUCGGCGUCUCCAGCAUACUCCGAGGCCAGACUGAGACGCAACAGGAAAGCCAUACCUCUUGAAGACUACAAAACUACCCCAGCUGAUGGAUUGAAAUAUUAUGAUCUGGUCGAGGGAAGGGGUCCAGUAGCUGAGAAAGGUUCUACAGUUCAGGUUCACUUUGAUUGCUUAUAUCGUGGGAUUACAGCAGUAUCAAGCAGGGAAUCCAAGAUCCUGGCUGGAAAUCGUAUUAUUGCCCAGCCUUACAUCUUCAAAGUUGGCGCUCCUCCUGGGAAAGAACGAAAGCGAGAGUUUGUGGACAAUGCAAAUGGUCUAUUUUCUGCACAAGCUGCUCCAAAACCCCCACGAGCAAUGUACUCAGUAACUGAAGGGAUGAAAGUAGGGGGAAAGCGAACUGUGAUUGUUCCUCCAGAGGCUGGAUAUGGUCCAAAGGGCAUGAAUGAGAUCCCUCCUGGAGCAACAUUUGAACUGAAUCUGGAGCUUUUGCAACUGAAUCCACCUUCAGACUGAUGAGAGUGAUCGAGCAGCCUGAUACAGGUUUCAUCAGUGUGCAACUGUGCAUCUUACCAUAACUGUCCAUCUAUGAAGUGACGGGUUUUGUUUUGGCAUGUACAGUUGACAGACUUCUUGUACUAUACUGUCAUCAAUUCCUUGUCAGAGCAUCCUAGGCUCCUAUCAGCUGGUAUUAGUUGAUUUAGUUUCCAGGUUCAAACUACAGAGUACAGAAGGCUGAUUAUUAACUCUAUAUGUAUCACUGCAUGCGUGGGUUUUACUACAGCUAGAAGUUAUUAUUAGGGUUGCAUGCUAGAUGAAGCUCUAGAGUUUUCUAAAUUUUCAGAAAACAAUUUUAAGAAAGAUUUAUGAUUUGAUCGCAUUAUCAUAGCUUCAU